CUCUUUACACCGAAGAGCCCAUCUGAUCAAUUCAUGAGCAACUUGAUUUUCCAACCUGGGACAUCAACAUAGUUUCACAUUAACCGAAGCCUAGCUACUCGGCUGAAGAGUUGGGCCUAGGUUGCUAUAUUUUCAAACCCUAACAAGCCCCCGCGUUUUCUGCACAAUUCAUGCGUGGGUAAAAUAGUCAUUGAAACAAAUUCUGCUUCAUAAAUAUUCGUAUUAGGGUUCCUCUGAUUUUGUGCACGCACUUAAGCGAUCUCUACUCUUAGUGGCCUCCACUUCUCUCUUCGCUCUAACCAAGAAUGGAUACCCAGAUCAAGCAUGCUAUAGUAGUUAAAGUUAUGGGUCGCACUGGAUCAAGAGGGCAGGUGACUCAGGUGAGAGUCAGGUUUACUGAUGAUCUCAACCGUUAUAUCAUGAGGAAUGUGAAGGGCCCCGUCAGGGAGGGCGAUGUCCUCACCCUUCUCGAGUCUGAGAGGGAGGCCAGAAGGUUGCGCUGAUGGCAUUUCAUAGAUCUUACUGCCUCUCCUUUAGGUUUUCAUAAGACAGUUCUGGUGUGUGUCCUAUCGUCUUUUAUGAUUUUUGAAUAUUUUCUUAGGAUUUCUUUUUAGAAAUGGGCAUUUACCUACUGGUUGCAUUUUGUUUUGGUUUGUUUUGUUUUGUUUGAGAAAGAUGUUAUUUUUAUGACUUUGAGUGCUUCAAAUUUGAGAAAUGUUUUGCUUGCUGCAAAUUUUGGAAGAUAUGCUUUGAGAUUCUUAGUGAGA